AUGAAAUCUUCUUCAUCUUCUGAAGAAUUUCAGACUAUUUUUGAUGUUGUUGUUGCGUGUGCUCAAAUGGCAAAACAAACAUACGAUGCUUUAUGCAAUAACGCAGCUGCUAGUUCUCAACGGAGAACACAAAGAUAUAUUUUCAGAAAUUGUGAAGAAGCCAACCAACGUUUGGUGCAAGACUAUUUUGAACAGAAUGUCACUUAUCAAGGGUAUUAUUUUCGUAGGCGCUUCAGAAUGUUCAAAGGUUUAUACGAACGUAUAGUUGAAGAUGUAACGAGGGAGUGCAGUUUUUUUCAACAACGGUACGAUGCUAGAGGUACACCCGGUUUCACUCCCUUACAAAAAUGCACGGCUACACUUCGACAGUUAGCAUAUGACAUUCCGCCUGAUGCGUUAGACGAAAGUUUUAGGAUGUCUGCUAAGAUAGCACGAGACAGUCUCCACUUUUUCUGCAAAACUGUGAUUCAGUUUUAUGGUCCAAAAUAUUUACUUAAACCUACAUGUAAUGACAUCUUGCAAUUGCAAGCUUAUCAUGCUAGUCUGCAUGCGUUUCCUGGAAUGCUAGGAAGCUUAGAUUGGCAUGGGAAAAUUGCCCUACGUCAUAUCAUGGGCAAUUUACCCGAAGUGAUAUUGUCACCCAACGGUCAUACUUGA